AUGGCCGCCCGAGCUGACGCAAAGCAGCUCGCAGAGCAGUCUGAAGUCAUUCGGCUGCUCGAGGCCGACACGGUGCCGUGGUACCAGAAGCCCAACCUCCGGCUCCUCUACUUCUGCCUCAUCCCUGCCGCGCUCGGCGUUGAGAUGACGACCGGCUACGACGGCUCCGUGCUCAACGGCUUGCAGGCGGUUGCCUCGUGGCAGACAUACUUCAAUACCCCUAGUGGCGCUUUGCUCGGUGUGCUCAACGCGUCGUACAAUCUCGGAGGUCUCAUCACUCUGCCCAUCGUCCCGUAUGUCAACGACAGGUUCGGCCGCAAGCAUAGCAUUACCUUCGGCUCCUUCAUUCUCAUCAUCGGCGUGAUUCUGCAGUCGGCUUCUCAGAAUGCUGGCAUGUUUCUUGCUUCCCGUUUGAUUCUAGGAACAGGUAUCCCUUUCGCCGUCUCGGGUGCCUCUCAGCUCUUAGCCGAACUGAGUUAUCCGCGCGAGCGCUCCGUCAUUACGGGUCUCUUCAACACAUCCUGGUUCAUCGGCUCUAUCAUGGCUGCGGCCGUGACACUCGGCACCCAUACUAUGCCCAACAACUGGGGCUGGCGUAUCCCCUCGAUUGUCCAAGCCGCUCCAUCGAUCCUCCAGAUCAUUUUCAUAUGGUUCGUGCCCGAGUCCCCUCGGUGGCUGUUGUCCAAGGAUCGCACCGAGGAGGCUUUUGAUGUCCUAGUCAAGUAUCACGGCGAGGGAGACCGCGACUCUCCCUUAGUACACGCCGAGUUCAACGAAAUAUCUGCACAGCUCAAGGCGGAGAUCGAAAACUCUAAUUCGCGCUGGAUUGAGCUUCUCCAGACUCCAGGAAAUCGUAAGAGGUCACUCAUUGCUAUGUGUGUCGGUGUCUUUACUCAGUGGUCCGGUAACGGGCUUGUGUCCUACUACCUUGCUAAGGUUUUGACAACCGUCGGUGUUACAAACAGAAGGACUCAGAAUGUCAUCAACCUUUCUCUAUCGUGCUGGUUUUGGUUAUGCGCAACAGCAAGUGCCUUCAUGACUCCGUAUCUGCCGCGUCGUACCCAGUAUUUGGCAGGGUUUGCUGGUAUGACGGUUGUCUUUUCCAUCUGGACUGGUGUUAGCGCCGGCUAUGCUCAACAUGCGUCGCACUCUGCCGCCACGGCCGUCGUCGCUAUGAUCUUUGUCUAUAACAGCAUGUACAGCAUUAUGCAGCCGUUGACUUACGUCUACGUCACCGAGAUCUUCCCGUUUGUGCACCGCGCCAAGGGUGUCGCCAUCUUACAGUUUUUCACCCGUGGCAGCACUGCGUUUAAUUCCUUUGUCAAUCCUAUCGGGAUGGAUGCCCUUGAAUGGAAGUACUACCUUGUCUACGUGGUUUGGUUAGUCUGUGAGACGGCUAUUAUUUACUUCCUCUACCCUGAGACCAAGGGGCCAACUCUUGAGGAGAUUGCACAUAGUAAGAUUGUUCCCCCUUGA